UGUUCCCAAGAUCCUCCUCCCGCGUGGCCACCAUGGGAAGUAAGACCCUGCCGGCCCCAGUGCCUAUCCAUCCUUCCCUUCAGCUCACCAACUACUCCUUCCUGCAAGCGUUCAACGGGCUGCCCGCCGUGCCCUCUGACCACCUCUCCAACCUCUACGGCUUCAGCGCCCUGCACGCCGUACACCUGCACCAGUGGACUUUGGGGUACCCAGCCAUGCAUCUGCCCCGCUCCUCCUUCUCCAAGGUGCCCAGCGUGUCAAGCCUGGUGGAUGCACGGUUCCAGCUGCCAACCUUCCCACUUUUCCCGCAUGUCAUCCAGCCCAAGCAAGAGGCCACCAAUGUGACCCUCAAAGCCAAACCACGCUUCGACUUUGCCAACUUAGCAGUGGCUGCCACACAAGAGGACCACUCUAAACUGGGACAGGCAGACAGUCAGGGCUCGCCCCCAGGGCUGGGGUCUUUGCUUGAGGUGACUAAACUCUCUCCAGAGAAGAAACCCACGCGGGGAAGGUUACCGUCCAAAACCAAGAAGGAGUUCGUGUGUAAAUUCUGUGGCAGGCACUUCACCAAGUCCUACAACCUUUUGAUCCAUGAAAGAACCCACACUGAUGAACGGCCCUACACGUGUGACAUUUGCCACAAGGCCUUCAGAAGACAGGAUCACCUGAGGGAUCACAGAUAUAUCCAUUCUAAAGAAAAGCCUUUUAAGUGUCAAGAAUGCGGGAAAGGAUUUUGCCAGUCCAGAACGCUAGCUGUCCACAAGACACUGCACACGCAAGUAAAGGAACUGAAACCUGCCAAACUUAAGUGCUGAAUCUCCAACUUCUAUGAACUUUUCCUCCCCUUCAGACUUUACACCAAAACCAGAGC